AUGGCUACUCAUACCGACGAUGAAAAUGAACUAAAUGUUUGCGAUGAUAGCAGUCAGGAUACAGUUAGCGACGAUGAACAUACAUAUAAAAAUCAUUUAAAUGAGGAGAAACCAUCGGAUAAUGAAUACGAUCGACACAACAAAGAAAAUCGCCUUGGUCUACUUUCUAUUGAUUAUCAAUUUUUUCCCCAUAUUCAACCAAAAACAUUUCUAAAUAAUUUAAUACCGCCAAAUAUACAAUUGAAUUCUACUGAUCACUCAUCAUCACCCUCAUCUGUCUCAUCCUCAACAGCAACAACAUCAUUGAAUCGUCAAAAACGCCGAAAAUAUCCUUCGUCAUCAACAACAACAACAACAAAUAGUGUUCUAAAUCAAGAUGAUUUACAAGAUUUACGCUUAAAAAUUAAUAGCCGUGAACGAAAACGUAUGCAUGAUUUGAAUACCGCUUUGGAUAGUCUAAGAGAAGUUAUACCCUAUGCAAGAAAUCCAUCUGUACGAAAAUUAUCUAAAAUGGCCACAUUAUUAUUAGCAAGAAAUUAUAUUGUCACGUUAACAAAUUCAUUAGAAGAUAUGAGGCAACAUUUGAAUAACAUUUAUCGACAGCAGCAUGUACCACCGCCACAACCACCGCCACCACCAUCGCCACAAAUAUCUUGUCCAAAAGCAGCACAGAAUUUACCUUGUUUUUGUUCGACUUGUUUAACAAAUGAUAAUAAAUCAUCAAAGAAGAAAGAAAAAUCGAUUAAAAAGUCUGAUGAUAUAAUAUGGACAGCAACACAACAAUCAACAUCAUUUUCACCUACUCCAGCAUAUCAUCAUCUUUUUUCAUCAAUAGCACCAUUUACCGGAUUAAAUUUAUGUAAACCAUUAGAAACGUCCUCAACACGUACAAGAAUAAAACCAAUAGGAAAAUAG